UGACUGUCUUCUCCAUGGACCACCACAAUCACUCUCACUGUCAUCACGAAAGUCAAGACCAUGACCAUGACCACGAUACUUCUGACCUUGGUGCUCAGGACAAUCUCUUUCAGCAUAUUGAUCUCCAAAACGUUGUCAUUUUGAACGCCUCUGAUGACCAUGGCAAAGGUUCAGAUAUCAUAAAACCCUGGCAUGAACGUUUGAAUGAAGACAAAUUCGUAGACUCGGAUGCAGACGAUCAGCUGAUCAUUCGCAUUCCUUUCACCGGAGGUGUAAAAUUACGGGCCUUGUUACUAAAAUCAGGUCCCAGCGAUCAGACUCCGGAGAAAGUUUCUCUGUUUGCCAAUGAAGACAAUUUGGAUUUCAGCGACGUCGCGGAUCGAACUCCAACCCAAGAAUUUCACGUUCCACAAGGCAGAGAAGUUGGGGAAUACGCUGUAAAAACCGCGAAAUUCAACAAUAUCUCGUCACUUACCUUAUUUUUCCCCGGCUCCCAAGGAGCUGAGAACAUUCGCGUCUACUACGUCGGCCUUUUGGGUUCUUGGACUGAGCGUGCAAACAGACCAAUUAUAACAGUUUACGAAGCACAGGCUAAUCUAGCUGACCACGAAAAAAUUCAGGGCACAGAUGGCAUGUCUAGCACCCCGCAAAGAUGAUACGAGGAAACCGAAGAUCAAAUUCCACGUGUACCACCAGAAAUUCUUUGAGUGUAAUCAUUAUACGCUGCAAUCAUAUUGUCAACAAUGUUCUCCUUUGACCUUUGCUUUCACUUGCA